AUGCGUUGUCUUCUACUAUUUAGCAUCGUGCUCGGUGUCGUAUGCGCAGAUUACACCACGAACAGCUGGCAGUCGCAAAGUUUCAAGACGCUGGUAACUUUUGGUGACAGCUAUACGGAUGAAAACCGCCUGGGAUAUUUUGGAAGCCACAAUGGGUCUGCGCCGCCCGUUGGCUGGGAUGCAGGAGUGAGCUAUAAAGCCUCCACCGGCGGGCUCGUCUGGCCCCGCUAUGCCUCCAUCUACACAAACAGCACCCUCUACAACUACGCCGUCAGCGGCGCAGUCUGCUCCAACAACAUAACCCCCCGCUGGUGGUCCACCAUCGACGCGCCCUUCCCCGACAUCAUCAACUACGAACUCCCCGCCUACAUUGCCGACUCGGAAUAUAUCACUCCAAACGGCACAGCCUUUUUCACCGGCACCCCAGACACCACCGUCUACGCAAUCUGGAUCGGCACGAACGACGUUGGAAACGACGCUUUCUUGACUGACAGCCAAGUCGCCGGCAAAACGCUCUCGGAUUAUGUUGACUGUGUGUAUGAUGUAGUAGACGAUUUGUAUCAGUCUGGCGCUCGAUACUUCGUUCUAUUGAACCUGGCCCCGUUGAAUCUGGUUCCUCAAUAUGCAACUCCUGAACACGGCGGUCUCAACUCCACACAGUUCUUCCCCGAAAAGCCCUCAGUCGCAGCUGGGAAUAUCACCGAAAUCAGCUACCGCAUGCUUGAGACCGUUGAUACCGUCAACUCAAUUUACGCGUACCGCACGCCAUUUGAGACUCGGGUGAACAACACCUGGCCGGGUGUGAGUAUUGCAAACUUCGACGUUCACGCACUGAUCACGGAUAUGUAUAUGAACCCGAAGGAGUAUUUGAAUGGCACCGCGCCGCUAAAUGUUACGGGGUAUGUGAUUGGUGCUGGUAAUAUUUCGAGAAGUGAUAGGGAUAGUUACUUGUGGUAUGAUGAGCUGCAUCCAAGUGAACAAGUGGAUCGGAUAGUCGCUCGGGAAUUUGUUGGCGUUUUAGGUGGGGAGAGCAAGUGGGCGAAGUAUUGGUGA